AGAAGAAGGAGCCCAGUUUUUAGCCGUCGCCAAUUACCACGGAGGCUCAACAGCGAACGUCAUGUGCUUUGCCUUCUUCCGUUGCUAUUGCGCUUUCAAUCCAACAACCGAUUAUCACACCGAAAUCCCAUCGAAUUAAUACUCAACUAGAUACAGAAACUUCUUCGAUGCCGACCAGAUGACAGAUUCGAGCUUCGUACAAGCCCAGCGCCGCGUCGCCAUGCGCAGGCAGGCACGCGAGACGCAAGCCGCCGCUCGUCUUGCUGCACAGCGUGAAGCUUCACGAACGAGUAUACAGAUGCAGCGACUGCCAUUCCCUUUCAAUGGCAUGUUGCCUGUAUGGGAGGCCAUCUCGUCACGAGAGGGCACCCGUCCCGCGUUCCGCGUUUCGCAAGUGGACGCCGAGCUGCUUGACGAGGAACUGCUAGAUCUACUCAAGGGUCAGGUCGGCGAAGGGCUCAAGUACUUUUCGGGCGGCCAUUUGCAGGACGACUGGUCGUCAGAGAUCCAGCUUGCACUGCGAGCCGUCCUAUUCAAGCUUACAGUCUGGGACAAUGACGCCACCUAUGGCGCCGCUCUGCAAAACCUCAAAUUUACCGAUUCGCGCAAGAGCGGACCUGGCUUAUCGCCACCAACAAGGAUACAGAAAUCAUUAUACGGACUGGUCAGUGUGUUUGGAAAAUACGCCUGGGACAAGUGGGAGGAUUAUCUGGUUGAGCAGGAUGACGGCUACGACGAACCGAGCCCGAGAAUGCGUCUUCUCUCACAAUGGACGUCACGAAUAUCGACAAUGCACUCCGCCGCAGCGUGUGUGUCAUUUUUAGUCUUUUUACUACACGGAAAAUACCGAACCCUACUAGACAGAGUCUUGAGGAUGCGUCUGGCGCCGCCAACGAGCCAGGUCGCUAGGGAGGUGUCCUUCGAGUAUCUCAACAGACAGCUGGUGUGGCACGCAUUCACCGAGUUCCUACUCUUCGUUCUACCGCUGAUUGGCAUUAACCGAUGGCGACGCUGGAUAAGCAAGACAUGGCGAAAAACAAAAGAAAUCAUUAAGACGUCACCGGACGAGCCUGGGCAAGGCGGCGAGUAUGGCUUUUUGCCAGAGCGAACAUGUGCAAUCUGCUAUCAAGAUCAAAACGACUCAGCAACUACCGAGAACGAGAUCAUGGCUGCGGCAGCCUCGAGCGGGGUUAUAGGCUCCGCGCAAACCGAUAUUACAAACCCUUACGAAGCGAUCCCCUGCGGCUGUCUCUACUGCUUUGUGUGCAUUGCGACAAGGCUGGAGCGCGAAGAGGGCGAGGGAAUGACGUGUCUACGCUGCGGCGAACAUGUUAAAGAAUGCAAACCGUGGAAUGGCGAUGUUCUAGAGCCGACCGAGCGUAGGGCUUCAGGCAAGACCGUCGCCUUUACAGAAGAUGUCACGGGUGGUGAUGAGGAGUCUGUUAUUAUAGAAGAAGAGAGAGUAUCGUCGGAGUGAAUUUCGUCCUUGGAAUGUGCGAAAAGAGGUGACGAGAGAUGAAUGAGCGACGAAUGAAAAACAAAAAGCAACGUAGCGGAGAGGAGCGAGCAUAGUGCUUGAUUUGUUUUGUCCACGUGUAGCAGCUGCAAGCAUGUCUCGUGAUGCUUUUGCCAUUCUAUGAGAUGGACGCUGUCUGCUACUUUGACUGUAUUAUAUGCUAUCUACAUAGUGCUUUCUUUUUCUUCGUUUUAUCUCGGCACAUAUAUUUUCAAAAGAGAAAGCCGACUUGUUCAUUUUCAUCUUUUUUUCUACUGUGGUCAAUUCAGUUAUUAGGCACCCCCGCACACAUU